GAGUUUCGUGAUUAUGCUGGAGAGAAAUGAUUUUGUUUUAUUUAUUGUUAUUGGUUUGCGCUUGUCAAUGAUUGUUUCGCACCGUGUGCGUGAUAAUAAAAUUGCUUAGCUUUUCCUCAAAUUUUUGCAAUUAUUAUUUUUUUAACACAUGUUCAAAUAUGAAUGACAGUAAAUUAGAAAACGAAAAGUCCAAGAAGGAUAUGGUCGCAUUUUCGAAACCUUAUCUUGUUCUGUAUAACUCCGUGCAAACAGCAGGAUGGAGUUAUAUACUUUUUCAAACUUUGAAAUUCUUAAUAGAGAACAGAUCCAUUUCUGGGUUAUGGGGAGUUAUUGGUUCAAGUUUAUUAACAUUUCAAACUCUUGCUGUUUUAGAAGUAGUACAUUGCAUUUUAGGUCUUGUGAAAGCUAGUGCUCUUGUCACUUCCAUUCAGGUGGCAUCACGUGUCAUUCAAGCAUGGGGUAUUAUGAAUCCUAUUGAAAAUGUACAUAAUUCUCCAACUCUUGCACUUGCAAUCAUUGCUUGGUCAAUUAGUGAAAUUACUAGGUAUUCAUUUUAUUGUUGUAAUCUUUUGGGAUUACCAUCAAAAACACUUACAUGGUGCAGAUAUUCAUUUUUCGUGGCAUUAUACCCUGCAGGAGUUUUUAGUGAAGUCUCAAAUAUCUUUCUUGCAUUGGAUACAAUAAAAAGGAAGCAGUUAUUUUCCCUAACCCUUCCAAAUCCUAUGAACAUUUCAUUUAGUUUCUACUAUGCAAAUAUAUUAAUUUUGCUAUCAUAUAUUCCAUGUUCUUCUAUUUUUAAAUCAGCAUGAAUCUGCUCCCCCUUUUCUCUCAGGAGUAGUCCUGAAAUAGGUACCCCAUCACUCCGCAGCUGCCAGAACCACUCGUACAAGACAGCAUCGAGGUUUGCCUAUUUUG